UUGUAAACUUAUAUAGUUUCAAGAUCAUGUUAGGUGAUGACGGUUUAAAUAUAGAUAAAAUAAAAACUGAACACCAUCGGCCCUCACGGCGCACGGGCGCCAUGUCUAAGCAUAAAGAAAGGAAUCAAGCCUUAAACAUUUUAAAAGAAGCCAAGGUAGCCAAAGCCAAGGGCGUUUCCUUCACUCAAUUAGAAGUAGAGGGAGAUAUCUGGGAGUAUAUCGACGAAGAUGAGCAAGUGAAUCGAGUAAACUCACUUCGUAAAGUCGACUUUCUUGUGGAUUAUGGAGUUAAUGAUCUUGGUUAUGCCGACGACGGGAGAGAGUGGUGGGAUGAUGAAAGUUCUGGUGCAGAAAGUGAUUUUAAAAACUACGACACUUCGCCUAAAAAGAGAAAAGCUUCUGAGCCUCCCGGAGGGCCCUCUUCCUCAAAAACUCCAUCUCAGAAAGGAAAAUUAAAUUUUUUAAAGUUACAAAAGAAAAUUGUCAAGUCCACAAAAGCUUCUAAAAAAGUGGUGACUGAGGAAGAUGCGAGAUUCCUUUCGUCACUUCUUUCGAAUUUGCAGGCGGAUGAGGACUUACCACACAAAAGAAAAAUAACGGACAGCCACGAUGUUGAUGAUGAAAAUUUUAAAGAACCGCCCCAGUCUGCUUUAAAUGCCGCUACUCCCAGAGCCUUAGAACGAAGUGAAAACGAAACGGUUUCCGUGAGAGUAACUGAACAAGUUGCCUGUGCUACUGAGAGUGAGCUUGUAACCAUUCCGGACGAGGAGUUCAGCGAGGUGAAAACCCUCCCUCCCGCCGCACGACGGCCUUUGGAAGCAGCUGCUCAGUCGAAAAACCCUCUGCUUUCUCUCCCCUAUGCGCCCGAGCCUGGAGAACGCACUAUGAAUUUUUAUUGGCUAGAUCUCUUUGAGGACGCCAACGACCCUGGCACUGUUUAUCUAUUUGGAAAAGUCUACUCCGACGAAAUAAACACCUUUGUGAGCUGCACGGUGGUAGUGCAGAACGUGUCUCGAAACUUAUUUUUUCUUCCAAGACCGACCGUUCUCAACACGGAGGGCGUGGAACAAACCACCCCCUUUGAGGCUCUUUACGAAGAAGUGGAAGCCCUAAUGGAUCGGCACGGCAUUAAAAAAUGGAAAUGCAAGAAAGUCACGCGGUAUUAUGCUUUUGAACUUUCCCACGUGCCAACCACGGCGGAAUAUUUGAAAUGCUUGUAUCCGUACACUUGCCCACCAAUUAGCGAGUCUGUUGGGAAAACCUUUUCAAGAGUUUUUGGAACUCGCACUAGCGCUGCAGAGACCUUUAUUUUGAAGCGGAAGCUAAUGGGCCCCUGUUGGUUGGAAGUGAGAAACUCCAAUCCGGCGACCCGGCGUGUCACGUGGAGCAAGCUGGAGUUUGCUGUUGCUGACCCGAAGGAUGUUGUUGUUUCUAAGCAUAAACGAGACCCUCCUUUCUUCAAACUUGCCGCUCUUUCCCUCAAAACCAUCUUGAACCCCAACAAUGGCAAGCACGAAAUCGUACUGGCAAGCCUGUUUUGCCAUGCCCGCGUCAGCAUCGAUGGCCCCACCUCUAUGGACCAGCGGCAGAUCUCGCGCUACAGCGUGGUGAGGCACGUGGACGGUCCACUGCCUUACGACUUCGGGAAAAACUGUGAAGGGCUUAGCGUAGAACAAGUUCAAGGAGAGCGCUAUCUUCUGAACUUGCUUAUGGCGAAGUUGCACAAAUACGACCCCGAUAUUUUAGCUGGUCACAAUCUAUUUGGCUUUGAAGUGGAUGUGUUGUUGCACCGCAUGCGAGAACUUCGCGUGACCUCGUGGUCGAAAAUUGGUCGAUUCCGCCGUCGCGUACUCCCUCGACUAAGCGGAAACGGCUCAUACGGCGGGCAUAAAUUGGCUAUUGCCGGCCGUCUCGGUUUGUCUACUUAUUUGGCCUGCAAAGAGUUUCUUAAAGUGAAAAGUUACAGUCUGUCCGACCUUGCCGAGAAGCAGCUGGCCAUUAAACGAACCGAGUGGAAGCUGAGUGCCAUCCCCCCCGCCUUCGAGAGCACCAAAAGCUUGUUGUCCUUAAUAACGCACAACGAAAAUGAUGGGUACAUUGUAGCGCUGCUCGCCUUCAGCCUUUAUGCGAUUCCGCUGACCAAGCAAAUCACCAACAUUUCCGGAAACGUUUGGUCGAGGACUUUGGCGGGUGGCCGUGCAGAGAGAAACGAAUAUUUGCUUCUACAUGAGUUUCACAAUAGAAAAUUUAUUGUUCCCGACAAACACUUUUCAACAGCGGAUGAUGAAAAGUAUGCAACGAGUAAAAAGAAGUCUACUUAUUUGGGAGGCCUCGUGCUGGACCCCAAGAAAGGAUUCUACGACAGUUAUGUUGUCCUGAUGGACUUCAAUUCUCUGUAUCCUUCCAUAAUACAGGAGUACAAUUUAUGUUUUACGACUGUUGAUCGACCUUUCUUGAACGAAUUUGCCAACAGUAGAGAGUGGGAGGCUUCUACGGAAGUGGAACUUCCAAGUGCCGACCUCGAACGGGGUGUUUUACCCAAACUUCUGGAAUUUUUGGUUGCCAGAAGAAAAGAGGUCAAGCUCAUGAUGCGGAACUGCAACUCUCCUCAGGACCUUGCACAGCUGGACAUUCGCCAGCUUGCAUUGAAGCUAACAGCCAACAGCAUGUAUGGCUGUCUGGGGUUCGCCCACUCUCGCUUCUAUGCUAAGCCAAUUGCAGAGCUCAUUACAAAAAAAGGGCGCGAAAUCUUGCAGUCAACAGCGGAGCUUGUCCAGAACCAACUGUGCUUGGAGGUCAUCUAUGGAGACACUGACUCGGUGAUGAUUAACACUAGGGCAUCUAGCCUUGACGAGGUGAAAAAGAUCGGAGAGCGUGUCCGGUGGACCGUCAACAUGUCCUACAAGUUACUGGAGCUCGAAGUUGAUGCCAUAUACAAAAAGAUGUUGUUGCUAAAGAAGAAGAAGUAUGCCGCUUUGGCCCUUUACGAGGAUCCCCAGGGCGUUAUUACAACCCGAAAAGAAGUAAAAGGGCUAGAUAUUGUGCGUAGAGACUGGAGCGAGCUCGCCGUCGAGGUGGGAGGGAAAAUUCUCGACUUAAUAUUGAGCGAUCGCGCCAGAGAAGUUGUGGUUUCUGAAAUCCUUGAUUACUUGCGAACGGUGGCAAACGACAUUAGAGACGGGAAGGUAUGCAGGGACAAGUUUAUCAUAACAAAGGCCCUUGCAAAACCAGCUCAAGACUAUCCAGAUAAAAAGUCUCAACCCCAUGUGCAAGUGGCCCUCCGCAUGGAAAGUCGAGGGCUCGUUAUUGGCUCUAGAGACACUAUUCCGUACAUUAUAUGUGCUAGCGGCAGCACAGAGCCUGGCAAUCAGCUGGAUAUCCAUAGCCCUACUGCCAUGCGCGCCUUUCAUCCAGACGAACUUGGGGGCGACCACUCCCUCGUCGUGGACAUUCAUUAUUACCUGAAGCAGCAGAUCUACCCUGUCGUCUCGAGAUUGACGGAUCCGAUCGACGAAAUAAGCGAUUACAUGAUUGCAGAGAGUUUGGGAAUCGAGUCUCCUGGCCACUUCUCAAAAAAAUUUAUAUCGGAAGAGGAAUUGGAUGAGGAAAAGUUUCGCGUUUCCGAGGGACAAAGGUUCGAGAAAGCAGCACCGCUACUGGUACGAUGUGGGAAGUGCCAGAGGGAGCAGCAAAUGGCAGUCGUGGCGAGAAGAGAGCUUUCCGGAGAGCUGUCACCUGCUCUUCUUUGCGAGGAUCCUGCCUGCCGCCAUCCCUUCCCGCUUGGUUACUUGAAGGCUCGCCUAAAGCUCGAUAUUGAAAAGUGGACUGACCAAUAUUAUCAGGGAUGGGCUACGUGCGAUGAUCUCGGUUGUUCCCGGCGUGUUCGGCUGCCCUCUACAUUGCGAUGUACCGCUGGAGGAUGUUGUGGCGGCGCCUACCGCCAGGAUUACACAAGUGCCGACCUCUACAACCAGCUUUUGUAUUAUAAACUUUUGUUCGACAUGAAGAAAUUUUUAAAGAGGAAGACUGAAGAAAGAAGGAAAAAUACUACUCCGAACAAAGAGCCCUCUCUUGAUGUUUACCAGGAUCUCGUGGGGCCUCACCAAGAGGCGUACCAAGAAAUCAGCCAAUAUAUACAUGUCAUACUCACUACUAAGAAUGCACGGGGGUGGGUGGAUCUUGCAGAAAUUAUGAAAGUUUUCAGGUUUGCGGCUGUCUUUCUCCUCUGAGGAAAGUUGUUCAUGCACUUCUUUAGGAGGCCAAGAAAGUUUUAGUGCUGACCAGUUUGAACUAUUAAAUUAUUUUUAAUUUUUCA